AUGUCUUCCAAAGCACACGACAAUGAAGAUGCAUGUGAUAAACAACCCCCACUAAAGGAGGAACUGAGCAGAAAGAUUAAAGAGCAGAAGGUAAUUGUGGACGAGCUAUCCAAUCUCAGGAAAAACAGGAAAGUCUACAUUCAGCAAAGCAAUAGUAACAUAUUCUUCCUGGCAGAUAGAAGUCAAACACUAGGUACUUGCAAAAAGGAUCUUGAUUAUAUGAAAAAGGAACUCCAGGACAUGUAA